ACUGCUUUUCCUCCGAGACAGCGAUCGUGGUGCGAGAGCCCCUCAGCAGAAGGAUCAAGUACAACAAACUCCCGCUGGUCAGAUACAAACGGCCGUUCAGGAACCGAAACCAGUCGCGAUGUUAAUUGCGAAGUCACUCUGUUUGAAAAGAUAACAGACCGGACAGCAGCUGUUUGAAAAAAGUUGGCUCACUGGCUGCUUGGAGACUGCCAAACGCAUAAACCACACGUGGAUCAAGUCGCUGAAACGGAGACCUGCUCCUGGCUGCCCUGAGAGAUGAGUUCCAAGUCCACUAUCAACAAGGAGGUGUUUACGCCCAACGAUGAGAAGAUGCUUGCAGCUGUGCAAGUGAAGCGGCGCACCAAGAAGAAAAUCCCCUUCUUGGCCACUGGUGGCCAGGGAGACUACAUGACCUUCAUCUGCCUCUCAGUUACGAAUAGGAAGCCAUCCCAGUUGUCCAUUACCAAAGUCAAGCAGUUUGUGGGCUCCUCUGCCUUCACCAAGAGGUCAAUGUGGACCAUAGACCAGCUACAGCAAAUCAACGGCAUCGACCCCAACAGAGACUGUCCUGAGUUUGACUUGACGUUCGACAACGCCUUCGACCAGUGGGCCGCCAGCUCGGCAGGGGAGAAGUGCACCUUCGUCCAGAUCCUCCAUCACACCUGUCAGCGCUACACGCCCAACAAGAAACCCGAGUUCGUCAACUGUCAGGCCAAACUGAUGGGAGAGGACCAGGAUGUAGUUGUUCGUUGCAGGGUCUUUUUGAGCAAGAUGAGGAAAGAGUUGGUUGUCCAACAUGGGCAUCUACGCAGACAAGGUAACAGCAUACUGCACACAGCGGCUGACAGCGUGACCAGUGCGGUUCAGAAGGCCAGCCAGGCCCUGAAUGAGCGCGGCGAGCGUCUGGGCCGCGCCGAAGACAAGACCGCCGACAUGAUGAACAGCUCCGAGCAGUUCGCCGUCACGGCUCACAAACUUGCCAUGAAGCACAAGUGUUAGACCAGUGCCAAACCCAGCUCGCAGGAUGCUUGGAGAACAGCCGCUAGCCUGUCACCACAGAACGGAUGGAACUCAGAUUGUAUUGUUUUUAAUCUUCUUUUUAUAUAUAUAUAUUUGCGGAUUUGUUAACAGGUAACACAUAAUUAUUUAAUACCGGCACAUCUUGACGAGGAUGGACACAGCAAGCUGGCUGAGGCGAAACAGAGAGAAAGAAUAUAUAUAUAUAUAUAUAUAUAUAUAUAUAUAUAUAUAUAUUUCUUGCGAUUUCUUAAUUUAAAAAAGACGUGACAAGCCGAGACAACGAUGUUGCGACGAGCCGAAACAAAAGUUCUCUUUGUGUCUUCGUGUGGUGCGGCCGACCUACUCCUCACCAUCACAGGCCAUCAUUAGUGUCCUCCCUUUAUAAAUUACUCAUAUGAUUCCUCACACUGGUUGUUCAUGUCUUCUGCUGUUCAUUUUUAUUUUUGGGCAUACAUUACAUUAUGUUAAGAGCCCUCUUUGUUGUGGCUCUUUGACCAAUGUGUUUGCGUGUGCAAGUAUGUGCGUGAGUGUGUGUGUGUGUGUAAGAGGGAUCGAGAAGCAAGGCAUCUACUGGAGAUGACUCUAGUGUACAACUAGCCGGGCACAUUGAUGAACAGAAAACACAACAUCGCCUGCUUCAAACGUACGCUUGAGACGACGGAUGAAAUCCCUUGCAAACUAAACGCUGCUUUGACAGUUGAGUGGUGUCCGCUGUGGUUUUCCGAUGUACGGUUUUCAAAGGGCCCUAGUUGGCGGCCCUUACUUUAGUGUCUACACAUGUUUCAAGCACUUGAGUAUUAGCCAGAAACGCAAUGAACACUUUGUAUUCGGAUGCGCUUCUGUGAUUCAAGCAUGCAAGAACGGCGGAGAUUCAGUGCUCUUAUUUUACAAAUAAUACAGAAAAAUACAUUUGUUAAAGCCAUGUUGUACUCUUCAUCUGAAUAAGCUUUGGAAGGUCUUAUAAUUCACAGGUCAAAAGGGAGAAAAAAACCAUACAGUAGCAAUGUACACCAGCUUCAGCAUUGUAUAAAAGCAUAUACAUGUAAUUCCUGCACACUUCGUUCAGUGUUACUCGAGCAGAUUUGUCCUGUGAACUUGUGAUACUCCCUGGCUGUGUUUAAACUAUGAUCAUAAGCUUAUCUUGUAUCAUAUUUGUUUUAUUUUGUUGACAUGGCUGGGUUACUCGUGAAGAUAUGACUACGUAUAUGUAUAUACUGAGGAAAUUACUCACACAUUGACAGUGUCCCCAAUAACAGCAUCAAUGUGUACUAGUGAGUUUGAACCUCAUAACUGUGGCUUAGGGGCAACAUAUUUGACUUUUUGUAUUUAUGAUUGUUCUUAUGAAUGUUACACUCUCACGAUGCGCACUGGCAUUGUCCUCCUUGCUGAUCACUUGUUGACGAGUUCAAGGUGAAAAACAUCUACUGUGGACUCUUAGUCUGCUGUCUUAAUGAAUCUAUUUUUUGGCUUACUUACUGGUCUGCUCAUACUUCAACCUAACACUUUGGAUGUUUGUUGUUUUAAUAAAACAAAGAGGAGACAUUAAACUGGAUUGUGUUUAGUGUGACUUGCUUUGUUAAGUGAGAACUUGUACUAUUAGGAAUGGAAAUAUACCCAUCUCUAUAUGGCAUAAAAUAUGUCUGCAAUAUAAAUAUGCAUUGAUUUAUGCAUAUGUUUUGUUUUCACAUUGACGCCUAAUAUUACAUCAUAAAAUAGGGCCAUUACUUUCUCUCCCAAUGCAGAAUGACGUUUUUCAAGACUGAUGUCUUUAUUGGGAAAUGAGAAUGAAAUUGGAUUUUCAAAUUGACUACAUCGUCUUUAUCCCCCUCCUAUAGACCCCAGCCCAGUGGAUUUAAUUGGGAACUAUUAUUAGGGAUCCCUGAUAAAUCGUUUAUAGAAACGCUGACCUUUUAUUCCAUUUAAGCGCGACAGUUCCAAUCUACACCACUAGUAGGUGUAAAAGCUUUAUAUAUUUAUUAGCCCUCGACUUCAAUUGAUUUGCUCGGUAGAACCUUUUUAUUGUGUUUAUUAAUUAGGAUAAGAAGUUUGUUGGAUAUGUCUUCAAUGAAUAUAGCCUACAAUAAGAUGCAAAAGAAAAUAUGGAAAAUGUGUCCUAAUUAUGUGUCCAAUUUAAAAUAUUCAUCAGAACAGCAAGUAUUUCAACCAUUAACAUGCAAACUUUUUUUGCAUCACUGAGAAAACCUCAAAUUUGACGCACUCACGAUGCUUCCGGAGGGAUUAUACGGUACGGUCUCACAUAAGAACGUCUACGGAGCGCGCGGUUAUCUUCACCUUGAGGAG